AUCGUGUGUUUAAUUCGUUCGUCCCCGCUUCCCCCCUUGGCACUGCAAUAGAUGGUGCACAUUGCGUCGGAUGCAAAUCAAAGUAGGCCGCGCGCUACAAUGUUUACUCGGUGGCAUCUUCGACGGAACCGGAUCGAUUGAAGGGGGAAGAAAAUAAAACGACAAGAACAAAACGUGGGAAGCGAGACGUGCAUCGAUUGCGUCGUCAAAACAGUCUCCGUCUUGGGGGAAAAACAUUGCUGCCGCACGAUGGCCGAUGCGGACUGGAAGCGGCGGGUCGGUAUCGAUAUUAACUUCAGCUCCGACGAAGACGACGACACCAGCGAUGGGGCCGAUACGGUUUGCGGCAGCAGUAUCCAUAACGACGGUAUCCCACUGCAGUUCCGCGGCGACGAUUGCACGGACUCGGCCGAAUCGCAGGAGCUCGAGGAGGCGCUUCGCGCAUCGUCCAUCGACGAGGUGCUGAGUCAGUGGGACCAGUAUGGGAGUACGCCGCCCCGGACACGAAUAAAGAUUAAAAAUCGAAGCAGCAAGCAAAGGAUGGAAGGAGGCGUAAAGCUACGAACCGGUGGCCGGUUGCCACGGCCGCGUGCCGACCGUCGGAACACCGUGGACUGUGCACUGUUGAACCAGAUGAUAAUGGAACCGGCCAACAGCGAGGAGAAGGUGCGCAGUGAUAAACGCUCCACGCAGCUGCUCCGGGAAUCGGAACGCGAGAUUAAAAUGGCCGCCGCCGCCACGAUCGUUCCGAUGCGUUCGUCCGCUAACUUCGGAACGCAACCGACGAGUGGGCAAAUUCUAACCGGAGCGCAGCAGACAAUGUCCGGUCACUUUGUGCUGGAAGAACGAGCGGACAGUAUGCCCAUCUCGUUGGUGAACACUACGGCUGGAGCUGGGGGUGGUGCACCACCGACCCUGAUCGAAUCGUGCAAUCGUUUCAUGAGCGUCACAUCUCGGCCAGUCGGUUGUCGGAUUUCCGCUCCACCAUCGUCGUAUCGUGAUUGUAUUUUCUCCAAUCAACCGGUCAUCGGAGGAGGGACCGCGGUUGGUGAAAGUUCGAUACCGCAGAAUCGGAUCAAAUUUCACGAAACGUUCUCCGAUCUUAUCAAGCUGGGCAGCUUGGAUAAGGAGCGAGCUGCGCGUUCGGGCGUAUUAUCCACGGAGGAGCGUCUCUGGCAGACGCAUGUGAACGAUCUGAUCUGGCUUGAGUUGCAGGCAUGGCAUGCGGAUCGCUCGAUCGAGCAACAGGAUCGACUGUUGUGUCAAGCGCGUCAGGAAAUCGGCGACCUGCUGGAUGAGAUCAUGCACUUCCGCUUUCACCGGGCGUCGGUUUCGCGGGCCAUGAGCGAGGUGAGCACAACGACCGCCGACAGUGGUCUCGGUACGUCCAGCGCGACCACGGCCGGUACCGGUGAAACGAACCGGUUCUGCUUCGGCUGCCUUUCGAUGUACUGCAAAGACUGCCUCGAGGUGCAGUCGGCCGCACUGAAGCAGGUCGAGGACUUGCUGCUGCGUCUCGAGUCGAAAGAGUGCCUUUUCCCUUCCUCCAGGGCGAUGGGUCUGGCGUUUCCCGUGUACCAGAGUGAAUCGUUCGUGAACCGGGUCAAGGCCAUGUGUUUGUGGUACAACAUGACCCGUCAGCACCGGAUGACGCUGGUGAUACUUGGGAAGCUGCUAGUGCGCCUGCAGGGCCCAUCGAAGAAAGAAUCAACCAUCCGGUGGCCCAUCAUGGAGCAGAAUGCGGAAAGUUCGUCCUCAUCGUCGGUACACGAUGAGGCCAGUAGCACCGUGGAAGGAGCUCAGGACAGUAGCGUCAACGGUGCGGCUACCACUUCAUCUAUUGGUUCGACCGAAUCGAACGCUGGAGGUGGCUGUUCGAAGCGAGUUCAAUUCGCCGAGAAUGGUUGUGGUAGUGCAACAGAUGGUGGAAGUACCUCCGAGAGCGUGAACAGCGAUGAGACGGAUUUUUCGGAUCUUUCGUACAAGCGGCAGCAUACGUUCCCCGGCGAUACGGAGUACGGACGUUAUAUGAACAAUUUGAAUUUUUACAACGUUCAGACAUUGUCCGAGCUAACGCUACAAACGCCGCAAAGUAUGGGCAAUACGUUGUACAGAAAGUACAUCGAAAACGUACUCAAAACCCGUGGUUUGGGCAAGUCGCUAACGUUUCUCCAUCGGCUACACAAUGUGGUCCUACGGAAGGCACAGCUGACACUGGAAAAGCCUGGACGGCGACAGGAAGAAGAAAGCCUGUUCGACGAAGAGGACGCACCGUGCAUUGAGCCUCCGCUCGAGCGUGAACAUGAGCUCGAACUACGAAGUUUUGGCGCCUGGAGCGUUGAGGCGAAAGAGCUGAACCUUCCCUCGUACGUGUCCGCCUUCCUGUUUCUCUCGCUUAUUCCGCUGGAGGUGAUACACGAGUUCUUGAAGAUGCGGCUCGAAACGCGCCCCACACAACCGAAUCCACUCAGCCUAGAGCAGCACAUCAAGGAGCUGAAGGAAGGCCUUACGCUGGCCAUGAUACACCGGGAGCGCUUCCAGAAGCACGUCAACACGGCCUUGUUCGAGCGCGAGCUGGAGCUCGAUAAGUACAUGCACCAGAUGGAACUGUUCGACGAGACGGUGCGUAAGAUUUUCGAGCUUUACCUCGAUCUGGGCGAACAGUGGAUCCUCGACACGGUCCCGGAGAGCCACCAGAAGGCGGCGCUCGAUGAGGAGUGGCGCUUCACGAAGCUCAUCAGCCCGAUGAUCCCGCACCAGCAUGGGCCGGCGGCGAAGCGAUACUGUAGCAUUGUCGAGCGGAUUCUCGAGCGAACCGGCAGUGGGAUGAUGCACCAGCUGAAAGAGCUGCUUGAGAAGAGUCAGAGCAUUGAGCAGACGAACGAGAAGAAGUGGCAGUUCUUUGCUCUCUGCCGGGAGACGCAGCGCAUGUUUACGUCGUCGCGCGAGAAGGCACUGAAAACGAUGGCGUUUGCGAAGACGCUGUUCCGGGAUCUGGAGCAUGCGGACUUUCACCGGGACCACUGUGAGGAGGACUCCGAGGGGGAAGGUGCGUACGAGGCGGACGAUCUCGAGCUGGAGGAGGGUGUGGUGCUGCGUGGAGGAAGUAGCUACCGUCGGCGCUGUUCUCGGCCCGGCGCAUCAAGCAGUCCCGUCUGUGCGGAAGUGGUGGAAUGUUUGCAGAUGCUAAAGCGGAAUGCACUACUCCUGCGUAACAAGCUGGCGGCCGUUAUCGAGGAGCUGCAAUUGCUCUGUUCCGACGCAAAUCUGGAGGAGUACGAUGAUGCGGAUCGUAUUCAGGCUCUAACGCGGGUGCGCGAAAUUCUCCACCAGGGCUACAAGUUCGGCUUCGAGUAUCACAAGGACGUGGCUCGACUGUACGAAACGAAGCUGGACAACUGUCGUGACUGCGAGUCGGAGCUGAUGCUCGCGAAGGCGAUCAUACAGUUUGCGAAACUGUGGAUGAACUUUGUCAUGGAAAGGUGUGAACGGGGGCGUGGCUUGCGACCCCGAUGGGCAAACCAGGGACUGGAGUUUCUUAUUGCGGCCUGUGAUCCGCUCUGCACGAGCCACCUAACCGAUGGGGAGUUUGAGGAUUUGAAGCUGAAGAUGGACGCGUGCAUUUCACAUGUGAUCGGAAACAUCCGCGAGCCGGAGCGUAUCCGGAAGUCACCGCGUUCCCGCAAAUCGUCCCCAUCGCCAUCGGCAGCGGCGGUAGCGGCGGCCGUGGCAGCUACAGCAACGGCCAGUUCGGUGGCGGGUAAUGCGGCCGCAAUGACGGGACGCGCAUCGAUUCCGAUGAUACACCUGCCGGGAAAGAUGUAUCAAAAUCAGCUCAGCUUGCGAGAGGACGGUGUAAUGCUACGGGCGCACAGUCCCACCAUCGACCCAAGUGAUAUGUUCCGCAAGCAGACGUCGUACGAUAGCGUGAACGAAGUGAAACUGCGUGUUCCGGCGGCCGCCAGCUCGACCAUGUCGGUGGAUGGUUCCGUGCACGGUACUCGUCCACUACGACAGCUUCGUGUCCGGGAUGCAGUGAACACGUUGGACUGCAAGCUUGACGAUCGGCUGCGCGACAGAAACCUCAUCGGUUACGUGAAGGAGAUUAGUUACUGCAGUAAAACGUUCAACCGGGCACGAAGCGUCAACUUUAGCUGGCACCGGGGUAUCAAGAUUGGGCAGGGCCGGUUCGGGAAGGUGUACACGGCGGUCAACAACUCGACCGGGGAGCUGUUGGCUAUGAAGGAAAUCGCCAUCCAGCCCGGAGAGACGGCCGCCAUCCGCAAGGUGGCGGAAGAGUUGAAGAUAUUCGAGGGCAUUAGCCAUCGGCAUCUGGUGAAGUAUUAUGGAGUCGAGGUGCAUCGAGAAGAGUUGAUAAUCUUCAUGGAACUUUGUCCGGAGGGUACCCUGGAGAGUUUGGUCGAGCUGAACGGAGGCCUGCCGGAGGCGCAAACUCGCCGUUACACACACCAGCUGCUUUCGGCAGUGGCCGAGCUGCACCGCAACGGUGUCGUGCACCGGGACAUCAAGACGGCCAACAUUUUCCUACAUAAGGACGGUAACUGCCUGAAGCUGGGUGAUUUUGGGUCCGCCGUAAAGAUCCAGAAGCACACCACGAUGGCCGGCGAACUGAGGGGUUACGUGGGAACGCAAGCUUACAUGGCACCGGAAGUGUUCACGAGAACCAACAGCGAAGGUCAUGGGCGAGCGGCGGACAUUUGGUCCGUUGGCUGCGUCGUGUUGGAAAUGUGCUCGGGAAGGCGUCCAUGGCACCAGUUUGAUUCCAACUUCCAGAUCAUGUUCAAGGUGGGCAUGGGUGAAUCACCCGAGAUACCGGAGAAUCUCUCCGAAGAGGGCAAGGAUUUCGCCGGCAUUUGUCUGCAGCACGAUCCGAAAGAUCGCCAAAAAGCAGACGAACUGCUGCAGCACAUCUUCUGCAAGGUUACAUUCUUUGACAGAGAAGCGAUCGACGAAAAGUUACUUGGAUCAUUCCGUCGAAAUCUUAAGUCGAGUUCAUCGUAGGGGAAGUGAGAGCGAGAAAGAAAUAGAACCAGUGAAAUGGAUGCAAAGAAAAAUUCAGGCCAGUGCUUAAAGGUUCGCUGUGGACGAACGGGUGGUUUGUAAAGAGAGUUUAUUUCUACAUAGUUCUAUACCGGUCGUGAGAAACGAAGACAGUAUACGCUAAGCGUGAUUAGAGCUAGAAUACCAGACACAUGGAGCAUCUACUUCUACUACAACCACCACCAAUCCACACACAAAGUACCUACUGCUAGUAGGGCUGUUAUCUAUCACAGCCCAUUUGACGAUGUUUUAAAUGUUGUGUUUACAGUAUACGGGUUAUUUAAUGCCAACUUAAGUGAGCCACUUAUUAUCGUGACAACGGGUCGGGUGCCUGUGUCUGUGACUGUUGUGUACCGUACUAUUUUAGCAUUCUCCGUACUCCUUCCAAGCGGCGUCGGUAGACACUGACCGUUUGUAUGAUGUACCUUAAUACACGUAUGUUCAUGUG